CAUUUUGUUGCCCGUUAUAUAGCCGUCCCCCGCUCCUCCGCACGUCCUUAUACUUCUCCUACAGCGCACGGUCGCUGUUCAGAUCGUUCAACUCGACCCGCAUCUUGCACGAUCCCCAGUACGAUGCCCGACAUGGUCACCCUCGGACACCCCACACAGCACUCCUUCAACCCGUACACGGACAACGGCGGCACCGUGCUUGCCAUUGCUGGAUCGGACUUCAGUGUCAUCGCGGGCGACACGCGACAGAGCGAGGGGUACAACAUCCAGACGCGUUAUGCACCCAAGGUGCACAGAUUAACGAACAAGGCCGUGCUCGCGGUCACCGGCUUUGCAGCCGAUGGGAACACCUUCGUGAAGAAGUUGAAGCAGCGGCUCGAGUGGUACCAUCACGCGCACGCGAAGAACAUGCCUCUACAGGCGGUUGCGCGUCUCAUUCAGACGAUGCUCUACGGCCGACGCUUCUUCCCAUUCUAUGUCUACAUCAUCCUCGGCGGCAUCGAGGAAGACGGUACGCGUCACCGCUCAUCACGCUCGCACACCCACCGACCGACCUUUUUCCUUUUUCCAGGCAGCGGAUCCGUGUACUCCUUCGACCCCGUGGGCUCCUACGAGCGCGAGACGUGCCGCGCGGCCGGUGCAGCGCAGUCGCUCCUCCAGCCAUUUUUGGACAAUCAGAUCUACUUCAAGAACCAGAUCCCGCAACCGGGCACGACGCACCCUGCGCAUCUGCCGCUACCACACGUCCUCUCGCUCGUCAUCGACUCGUUCACAAGCGCGACGGAGCGCCAUAUCGAGGUUGGUGACGGGCUUGAGGUGUAUAUUGUGGUGGCCAAGGAUAGCCCAAACAUCCAGGGUGUCCAGGGCAUUCCGGGCUUGCAGGAGGCGACGUCAGCUGACGAGGGCGAACGCGUCUUCGUCGUCAGGCGGAAUCUCAAGCGAGACUAGGCGCGAAAUAAAGAACAAUUGUAUCGUUUGUGUCGUGACUGACAUUCCGACACGGCGCUCGCUGUGGCGACGACUCUCACAGCAUCGCAUGCCGUUUUGGACAGCGCGUCGGGCCCCUAUGUAUACAGGACUUCAUCCAGCCAUAAUGAUCAUGAUAUGUACCUAUAGACUAGACUCGAAC